GGUAAAAGACCACAUGACAUGAGUCCAUCUAACAUCUAUUUCUAAUUCUGAGCCCUCUCGGGCUCCGCUCUUCGAUUUUCUUCCUCUUUCAAUCCGGUCCGGUUCAGCUCACUAAGCCGAGCUGGGGGAAGAAAAAGGUCCAAGUAGGCUGCAUAUAAAUUAUCUUUCUCGCCCGUCAAAGUGUUCUCUUCAACGGAGGCGAGUUCCUUCUCAUUUUAGCUUUCGGAAACUUAGCUGAAUCUCCAUCCAAAUCAGAGCCUUUAAGUUUGAAAACGCUGUGUUUAAGCAAGAUCCAGAUUUCAGAAUGGAAGAAGAGAAAGGAGAGCUGGUGCGGAGCUUGAUCGAUGCGGUGAACCAGAUAGCUCCAAUCGGCGAUUACAGAUGCGCCGUGAAGAAGGAGUUUUGCAAUCUCGCUAGGAGAUUGAAGCUGUUGACGCCAAUGUUCGAGGAGAUUAGAGAAAGCAAAGAGCAAAUCCCCGAAGAAACUGUUAAAGCUCUGGUCUCGCUGAAAGAAGCUUUGGUUUCGGCUAAGGAGUUGCUCAGGUUUGGCAGUGAAGGCAGCAAGAUUUACCUGGUUCUAGAGAGGGAUCAGAUUAUGCAUAAAUUUCAUGAAGUGACAGCUCGGGUGGAGCAAGCUUUGAGUGGAAUUUCGUAUGAGAAUCUUGACAUAUCAGAUGAAGUUAAGGAACAGGUGGAGCUUGUUCUAGCUCAGUUCAGGAGAGCUAAAGGAAGGGUUGAUGUUCCGGAUGUUGAACUGUACGAGGAUCUAUUAUCACUCUACAAUAAAAGCAAUGAUGCUGCAGCAGAUCCAGAUGUUCUAAGGAGAUUAGCCGAGAAGUUACAAUUGGUUGGGAUAGCUGAACUUACGCAAGAAUCACUAGCUCUACAUGAGAUGGUUUCUGCCAGUUGUGGAGAUCCUGGGGAAACAUUUGAAAAGAUGUCAAACUUACUAAAGAUAAUCAAGGAUUUUGUACAGACAGAAAAUCCUAAUUUGGAUGCUUCUGCAAGGGAAAAGAAUCUUCCUAGUAGUAGUGGGCAAGCAACCACUGAUGGAAAUCACAAGACUCCAGUUAUACCAGAUGAUUUCCGCUGUCCAAUAUCCCUGGAGUUGAUGAAGGACCCUGUCAUUGUUUCCACAGGGCAGACUUAUGAACGUUCUUGCAUUGAGAAAUGGCUGGAGCAAGGUCACGGAACAUGUCCAAAGACACAACAGACCCUCAGUAGCCCUGCUCUUACGCCCAAUUAUGUAUUGCGUAGUCUAAUAGCUCAAUGGUGUGAGGCAAAUGGCAUUGAGCCGCCUAAAAGACCCGGUAGUUCUCGACCCAAUAAAGUCACAUCUGCCUGCUCACCCGCUGAACGUACCAAGAUUGAAAUUCUCCUCUGUAAGCUUGCAUCCAGCAGUCCUGAAGAUCAAAGAAUGGCUGCAGGUGAAAUCCGUCUUCUUGCCAAACGAAAUGCAGAUAAUCGUGUGGCAAUUGCUGAAGCUGGGGCCAUACCUCUCCUUGUGACCCUCCUUUCGACACCUGAUUCACGGACCCAAGAACAUGCUGUAACGGCACUCCUUAACCUUUCCAUUUGUGAAGAGAACAAAGGAAGUAUCAUAUCUUUUGGAGCAGUUCCCAGUAUAGUCCAGGUGCUUAAGAAGGGAAGCAUGGAAGCUAGAGAGAAUGCAGCAGCUGCUCUCUUCAGCCUCUCAGUAGUGGAUGAAAAUAAGGUGACAAUUGGUGCCUCAGGAGCAAUUCCUCCCCUAGUGACAUUGCUAAGUGAAGGCACACAAAGGGGGAAAAAAGAUGCAGCAACAGCACUCUUUAAUUUGUGCAUUUACCAAGGGAACAAGGGAAAAGCAGUGAGAGCCGGAGUUGUCCCAACAUUAAUGCGUUUGUUGACAGAACCUGGAGGAGGAAUGGUGGAUGAGGCAUUAGCCAUACUUGCAAUACUCUCUAGCCACCCGGAAGGUAAGUCUGCCAUAGGAGCAGCAGAGGCAGUGCCAGUUUUGGUAGAUGUUAUUGGUAAUGGAUCUCCUAGGAAUAGGGAGAAUGCAGCUGCGGUUUUGGUGCACCUCUGUGCCGGAGACCAACAGCAUUUAGCAGAGGCCCAGGAACUAGGAGUGAUGGGUCCUUUGUUGGACUUGGCUCAAAAUGGUACAGAUAGGGGGAAGCGGAAGGCUGCUCAAUUGCUUGAGCGCAUGAGCAGGUUUGUUGAGCAGCAAAAGCUUGCACAGGCGCAAGCUGAGGCCCAUGCUCAACAGUCCCAGUCUCAGUCUCAGUCUGAGAUUCAACAACCACACCCACCCUCUGUGGCAUACACUGUUAAUAGAUGAGGUUCAAAUUGCCUUAAUUUUUGUUCCUUUUAUCACCUUGUUUGUUUUUCAGUAUCGAAGGAGGCGGCUUUGCUUCAGAGAUGAAAGAUCACCUAUCAAACCUGUAAGUUAUUCAUUUGUUUGUGUGGAAGAAUACAUUAUUCAUAGAACCUUCAAAGUUCCCUAAAGAUAAAGGGAAGUGAAAGGAAAGAAAAGAAAAGGGCUGAUUUGUACUUGACAUGAACUUGAAUUUGUACCAUUAUAACAUAUGUUACGACGGUAAUCAUCCUCAGUUUUUAUACGAGAGAUGUUUUCCAAA